CAAUUUUCUUCGUUUACAAACGCCGAAGAAUGGCGUCCCCUUUGGUACGGACAUGUGGAUUCUGUGUUGUCAAACUGCAGCGGGGAGGCUGGUUUUCAAAAUAUGUCCUUAUUUCCACAAAUACGUUCGCUUUCACAAUAGUACGUCCAACUACCGUGUCUCCACAAAGUAAACCAACACCCCGAAAAAAUGAUCCUAAGCAGCGGGUUGGAGUUGUCGGACUUGAAAUUCAUGCCCAGAUCCAUUCUAACACCAAACUUUUCUCUGGUGCCAGAGUCCAGUUCUCUGCCCCUCCGAAUUCUUUGGUUUCCUUUUUUGAUGCAUCCCUCCCAGGUACAUUGCCUGUUAUCAACAGGCGAUGUGUAGAAGCAGCUGUGAUGACUUCUUUGGCUCUCAACUGUUCAAUCAACAAAAAGUCAUUGUUUGAUCGGAAGCAUUACUUCUAUGCAGAUCUGCCUGCUGGAUACCAAAUUACUCAGCACAGACUUCCUAUUGCAGUGAAUGGCAGUCUCAGUUACAGUCACUUAGUAGGGCAAAAGUGGAGCCAAGCUGUCGUGAAAACAGUGAGGAUUAAACAGAUACAACUGGAACAGGAUAGUGGGAAAAGCUUGCAUGACGACACAAGAAAGCAGACCUUAAUCGACUUAAACAGAGCAGGAGUGGCACUAAUGGAGAUUGUAAUGGAACCUGACAUGAGCUGUGGUGAGGAGGCCGCAGCUGCUGUCCGGGAGCUUCAGCUGAUCCUACAAGCACUUGGAACUUGCCAAGGCAACAUGGCAGAGGGUCAGCUUAGAGUGGAUGCUAAUAUUUCAGUUCAUCAACCAGGAGAUCCUCUUGGAGUCCGGACUGAAGUGAAAAACAUCAACAGUGCACGGUUCUUGGCAAAAGCAAUAGACUUUGAAAUUCAGAGACAAAUCGAUGUUCUUGUAAAUGGUGGAGUUGUGCACAAUGAGACACGCACUUUUGAUUUUAAACUAGGACAGACUAUACCCAUGAGAGAUAAAGAAAGCCUUCAAGACUACAGGUUCAUUCCAGAGCCAAAUUUGCCCCCACUCAUAGUUUACGACAAUGAAAGUACGCCAGUGAAUGCCGAUCCCCAGCAAGUGAUAAACAUUGAUUUGAUCAGAGUGAAUCUGCCUGAGCUGCCCAGCGCCAAGAGAACCCGGCUUGUGGAUCAAUAUGGAAUUCUCCCGGAGCACAGUUUUGUUUUGGUAAGUGAAGAUGGAUUGACAGAGUAUUUUGUCAGUGUUUUGCAAGAAACUAAAGCAGAGCCAAAGAAAGUCAUUGGAUGGGUUAUUAAAGAGCUCUUGGCACUUCUCAAGCAGUACAAUCUGACUGUCUCUCAGAGUCAUAUCUCCCCAUCAUCUUUGGCAGAACUUCUUAACCUUUUGGAAAUGGGAGUAAUAUCAUCCUCGGCAGCAAAGCAGGUUUUUCUAUUAAUGUGGAAGGAAUGUGACAAGAGCCCCCAGCAGAUUGUGAAGGAGCAAGACCUGGGCCUAGUGCAGAACGAGAAGAUCCUUGAAGAAAUCUGUCAGAAUGUCCUAGAUGGCCAUCUGGAGGAGGUUACAGCAAUCAAAAAAGGAAAUAAAAGAGUGCUCAACAAACUCAUCGGCCUGGUUCAGAAAGAAAUGAAGGGCCGAGCUGAUCCCAUCAUGGUAAAAACACUCCUGGAGAGAAACAUCUCCUGACUGUGGACUGCGGUUUGUUUGUCAGUUUUGGGACAUACGUGUAAUGUCUGUGUGAUUAAAUGUGCUAAAAGGUG